AUGACGACAACUCCUCCACCACUCUCCUCCGCCAUCACCCUCCUCAUAACCUUCCUCAUCGCCGCCACCUCUCCUCCACUCCCUCUCGUCGCCAGCUCCACCAUCGCCGUCACCCACUACCCCUCCAGUACCACCACCGUCUGCGGCAUUGCCGCCGGCAAACCAACCCAAUCCAUCCAAUGCUACCACAACAACCGCACAGUUCCCAUCUCAUCCAACGUCUCCUACGAGUCCAUCUCAGGCGGCCGUGACCUCUUCUGCGGACUUCGAACAGGCGGGUUCAGCCUCAUAUGUUGGGACACCACCACAUUCCUCCCCAAACGGAUUUACUUUAGCCACACCCGUCCAUUGACGGGUUUAACAGUCGGAACUUCGCAAAUAUACGCGAUUGGGGCUAAUAAUGGAGUCGCCAUGUGCUGGAGAUUUCAGUCGCCUGAUGGAACGUUGAAAUUCCGUACAAUCACGUCAGACAGAUUUAUAGAUUUUAUACAGUUAUUUUUUAUCAUCCCAAAAGUUAAAAAUGAUGGGUUUGUACAUGCUUCAGGUGGAGGAUUCUCUUGUGGGAUACUGGAGAACAACAGUAGGGCAAUUUGUUGGGGCGGGAGCGAAAUCGGAGCUGAGAUUCAGAGACAAUUUGGUAAUGUCACCAUGUUGAGCUUGGUUGCAGGGGAGUCUCAUGCUUGUGGAUUGACAACAAAUGGGUAUUUGAUUUGCAAAGGAAGCAAUGCCAGUGGACAGCUCAAUGCUCCUUCCCUUUCGCCAUUCGAGAUCUCGGGUCUGGCUCUCGGUUCGAAUCACAGCUGCGGAAUUCUGCGAAAAAAUGGGUCCAUUAUUUGCUGGGGAGGAGGAACGAAAAGAUCAGAAUUGUCAAGUGACGCAGCCGACGCUUUGGGAUUAGUUUCAUUUGAGGCCAUUGAAGCUGGUUCUGGUUUCACUUGCGGGCUAACCACGAGAAAUUUAUCAUUGGUUUGUUGGGGGCUAGGGUUUAGUUCAGGCACCGUGCUUCCGUUGGCAAAGGUGAUUCCAGGCCCAUGUAUUCAAUCUUCAUGUAGCAGUUGCGGGGUGUUUCCGAAUUCGGAUAGUCUUUGUGCUGGUUCUGGAAACAUAUGCCAAUCUUGCGAGAUUGAGCUUCCAAUUCCAGUUCUGCUGCCGGCAUCGCCGGCAUCAGCACCGCGGUCACAGGUUCUGCCGCCAUCGGUAGCUAAAAACAGGUUUUUCCUGGCGUUUGGUAUUGUUGGUUCAGUAGGGGCAUUAGCAGGCAUUUGCACUAUUGUCUAUUGGUUGUGGAGGAGAGGUUUUUGUAUUUUUCUCCACAAGAAACUUGAUCACUCUUUGCAACCCCCAGUUGGUGAUGGUUCCAAUGUGCCUCCUCCCUCCUCAAAUGGCGAAAAGUCGCAGAGAUUGAGGCGGCAAAGGAGCGAGACUUCAUCGAAGCACAUUGACAGGGCAGAGGAAUUUGCCCUAAUUGAGCUCUCUGCUGCCACUAACAACUUCUCAUUCGAAAACAAGAUUGGUGGUGGGAGUUUUGGAACGGUGUACAAAGGCAAACUUCCUGAUGGUCGCGAAGUGGCCAUCAAGAGGAGCGAGAUAGGGGCGACAACCAAGAAAUUCCAAGAAAGAGAAAUCGAGUUUGAUUCGGAACUAGCAUCCUUAUCGCGCCUCCAUCACAAGCACUUGGUGGAACUUGUGGGAUUUUGCAAAGAAAACGACGAGAGGCUUUUGGUAUACGAGCAUAUGAGCAAUGGGUCGCUAUACGAACAUCUCAAGGAAAAUGACAGAGAGGGCAGCAACAUUUUGAACUCCUGGAAAAUGAGGAUCAAAAUCGGGCUGGAAACGGCCAGGGGAAUCGAGUACCUCCACAACUAUGCAGUACCACCCAUUAUCCAUAGAGAUAUUAAGUCCUCCAACAUACUUCUUGAUGCGAAUUGGACUGCGAAAGUGUCGGAUUUUGGGUUUUCAUUAAUGGGUCCGGAGUCCGAUACAAAGUCCAUGACAACAAAGGCAGUUGGGACAGUUGGGUAUAUCGAUCCCGAGUACUAUGUGCUGAACAUUCUGACAGCAAAGUCCGAUGUUUAUGGACUAGGAGUGGUACUCUUGGAGCUUCUAACGGAGAAGCGGGCCAUGUUUAAGGUUGAGGGGUUAGAUCCUAUGACAGUAGUGGAAUAUGCAGGGCCACGAAUAGCGGCGGGGGAGCUGCAGAGUGUGUUGGAUAAGAGGGUGGGUGUCCCAAACGCGAACGAGACCGAGGCGGUGGAGAUGGUGGCUUACACUGCUCUGAAAUGUGUAAACUUGGAGGGCAACGAGAGACCCUCCACAUCUGAUGUUGUGGUUAAUUUAGAGAGAGCAAUGGCUCUUUGUGAGGGUGGCAUUUCUAGUACCAAAUUUUUUGAAUAGCUUCCCAGCGAAAAUUUCAUACCCAAAGAAUGAAUCAAGGAAAUU